AUGACCUAUUCGCAAGUUCUCGCAAGUAUACAGUCAACCUCAUGGCCGGAUUUUGCUGUAUUUUACAUUUUCCUCGGGGGAGCAAUGACUUGUCUGGGUCUAUCAUCCACUUUCCAUACCGUCAGUUGUCACUCAGAGAAGGUUUGUGCUGAUUGGAACAGGUGCGACUAUAUUGGAAUUGUCACUCUCAUAGUGGGAUCGUUUUUCCCGAUGAUUUAUUACGGCUUUUAUUGCGCUCCUCUACUACAGGCAAUAUAUCUUGGCAUGAUAUCUCUCUUUGGCGGAGCAACAAUAGUGGUUGCUGUAGCUAGUCAUUUCCGAUCCCCAGAGUUUAGAUGGUUUAGGACUGGAUUAUUCAUAGCCAUGGGAUUAAGUGCUAUAUUUCCUAUAGCUCAUGCGCUGAUAAUAUAUGGGUGGCGAUUAUGCUUCGACGUUAUAUCAUUGAAUCAUAUGCUACUGAUGGGCAGCUUGUAUAUAUCAGGAGCUCUUAUUUAUGGGGCGAGAGUACCCGAGCGAUGGUUUCCUGGUAAAUUCGACAUAUGGGGAUCCUCUCAUCAAAUAUUUCAUAUUUUUGUUGUUGGGGCGGCGUUGGUUCAUUAUUAUGGGGUAACAAAGACUAUGGCUUAUUGGCAUGCACAAAAUCACUCGUGCCAAAAAGAAAUUGAAUUGAUGGUACCCAGUUAG